UAAUGUUAUUCAGCACGAUAUUGAUAUCAAAUAGUAGAAAUUCGAGACAUUUUACACCACUGAAAACCUGCCUGAAAAACCCAAGCAGACGAGACCCGACCACGUGACCUACCGAUGUGUGUCACAGAGUGAACGCCGUCGAUAGUCGAGUACGGGUUGUAAUCGGCUAGCUAUAUUCCAUGUUCCGUGUUUCUACAAGUUUUAUUUUCUCCCUCUAAGGAUUUUGCAGACAAGUAGUUGAAGACAGCACGCGACGAGGAUUUCUCUACUUUAUUUCAGAUCGGCGUUGCUAUACGUAUCUACCGACUCCUCGUCACCUUAGUAAAAGACUGACACAGCUGUAGGCAACUAUGGGAAACAAAAGUGGUAAGCAGAAGAAAAAGGAUAAGGAGACGAAGAACAAAGAGGAGGGAGAACAAAAGGUAAACGGUACGGCUGAGGAGAAGCCUGCUGAGGAGGCUGUCAGUGACACACCUGCAGAGAACACUGAAGCAGCUAAUGAUAAUGAGAAUGAAGGUGAGAAAGGCGGUGGGGGUGAUGGUGGUGGGGAGGCAUGUCAGGAGGAUAAGGCUGGGGACCAGGCACCAGAACAAACUAUUACUAACACUAGUGAAAUAAAGGCUGACAGUGACAGUAGUUCACCAGCUCCUGCGAGUGCAGGAGACAGUGAACCAGUACAAAGUGUAGAUAAUAGUAAUUCUGAUACAAAGGAGGAAGUGAGUCCCCCUGUACAGACAGAGUCUGCUCCUGUAGUAGAAAGUAGUGAAACUGAGAAAGUGGUAGAGGCAACAAAAGAUGAAUCAGUUAGUGAAACAAAACCUGCUGUUGUGGAAACAGCUGAACCUAAACAGGAAACAAUAGUGGAAGUGCAGCCUCCUACACCAACGGAAGAGGAACUACCAGAGGAGCCACCAGCUCCACCUGCACCUUUGGAAGAGCCACCAGCUCCACCAGCACCUGUGGAAGAGCCACCAGCUCCACCUGCACCAGUGGAAGAGCCACCAGCUCCACCGGCACCAGUGGAAGAGCCACCAGCUCUACCUGCACCAGUGGAAGAGCCACCAGCUCCACCUGCACCUGUGGAAGAGCUACCAGCUCCACCUGCACCUGUGGAAGAGCCACCAGCUCCACCUGCACCAGUGGAAGAGCCACCAGCACCACCUGCACCUGUGGAAGAGCCACCAGCACCAUCUGAACCCUUGGAAGAGCCGCCAGCACCACCUGCACCUGUGGAAAGCCAGGAACUACAAACAAAAGGUGAUGCACCCCCUUUGCCUGAAAGCCCACCCCCAGGCAAGACGAUAGCCACACAGUUUAAGUGGGACAAUGAGGGUAACACCGUGCUAGUCAGUGGCUCCUUCAACGACUGGAAGGAGCAGGUUCCCCUGGAGAAACAGGAGGCUGAAUUCUCUGUGACAGUAGAUCUACCAGAGGGAGAAUAUGUAUACAAGUGUACUAAUAGUUGUAUUGGUGUUACAGGGAGGCUGAAUUCUCUGUGACAGUAGAUCUACCAGAGGGAGAAUAUGUAUACAAGUGUACUAAUAGUUGUAUUGGUGUUACAGGGAGGCUGAAUUCUCUGUGACAGUAGAUCUACCAGAGGGAGAAUAUGUAUACAAGUGUACUAAUAGUUGUAUUGGUGUUACAGGGAGGCUGAAUUCUCUGUGACAGUAGAUCUACCAGAGGGAGAAUAUGUAUACAAGUGUACUAAUAGUUGUAUUGGUGUUACAGGGAGGCUGAAUUCUCUGUGACAGUAGAUCUACCAGAGGGAGAAUAUGUAUACAAGUGUACUAAUAGUUGUAUUGGUGUUACAGGGAGGCUGAAUUCUCUGUGACAGUAGAUCUACCAGAGGGAGAAUAUGUAUACAAGUGUACUAAUAGUUGUAUUGGUGUUACAGGGAGGCUGAAUUCUCUGUGACAGUAGAUCUACCAGAGGGAGAAUAUGUAUACAAGUGUACUAAUAGUUGUAUUGGUGUUACAGGGAGGCUGAAUUCUCUGUGACAGUAGAUCUACCAGAGGGAGAAUAUGUAUACAAGUGUACUAAUAGUUGUAUUGGUGUUACAGGGAGGCUGAAUUCUCUGUGACAGUAGAUCUACCAGAGGGAGAAUAUGUAUACAAGUGUACUAAUAGUUGUAUUGGUGUUACAGGGAGGCUGAAUUCUCUGUGACAGUAGAUCUACCAGAGGGAGAAUAUGUAUACAAGUGUACUAAUAGUUGUAUUGGUGUUACAGGGAGGCUGAAUUCUCUGUGACAGUAGAUCUACCAGAGGGAGAAUAUGUAUACAAGUGUACUAAUAGUUGUAUUGGUGUUACAGGGAGGCUGAAUUCUCUGUGACAGUAGAUCUACCAGAGGGAGAAUAUGUAUACAAGUGUACUAAUAGUUGUAUUGGUGUUACAGGGAGGCUGAAUUCUCUGUGACAGUAGAUCUACCAGAGGGAGAAUAUGUAUACAAGUGUACUAAUAGUUGUAUUGGUGUUACAGGGA